AUGUCUGCUGAAACCGAAACCAAGCCAGUUGUUGCUGAACAAGCAGCUGCCCCAGUCGCUGACGAAGCUCCAAUCACUGAAGCCGUCAAGAAGGUCGAAGAAAGUGUCGAAACCGCCACCAAGGACACCCCAGUUGCCGCUGAAGUUAAGAAGGUCGAAGAAAAGGUUGCUAAGCCAGUUGAAGAAGCUGCUGCUGCUGCUGAUGCCAAGAUCAAGGAAUCUCCUCUCAAGAAGUACAUUGCCAAAAUCAAGGCUUUGGUUGCUAAGGUCACCAAAUAA